UGAUAGGCGCCCUGGGUGGAGACUGAACUCUCAAUUGAGUAUCGAACGCAGGUCAGGAGACGACAUCGAGCGAACGAAGUGUCCCUGAAGUUAUUCCAACAGUGAUUGAAAGCCAGCACAGCAGCAGCCACGAUGGCAGACAGCGGGAAUGAGGUCGUAACUGAAGCUGCGCAGCCAGCUAAUGGAGAGCAGGGCCUGGUGUCCAGAGUGAGCAACCUGCCGCUGGUCAGCUCCGCGUGCGGCGCGGUGGCCAGCGCCUACACCUCCACCAGGGACAGCGUGCCCCUGCUGAAGGGGGUGAUGGACGUGGCGGAGACGGGGGUGCGGACCCUGGGGGCCGCCGCCUCCACGGGCUCCAAGCCGCUGCUGGACAUGCUGGAGCCACAGAUCACGGCGGUGAGUGACUACGCCCUGCUGGGUCUGGACAAGAUGGAGGCGACGCUGCCCAUCCUCCAGCAGCCGGCGGACAAGCUGGUGUCGGACACGGUGGGCCGGGUGUACCAGUCGGUGACGGGGGCCAGGGACGCGGUGACGGGGGCCAGGGACGCGGUGACGGGGGCCGUGAUGGGAGCGGUGAUGGGCGGCGUGGAGCUCACCAAGGCGGCCGUCAGCGGGGGGGUCAGCACGGUCAUGGGCAGCCGCCUGGGCCAGAUGGCCAGCAGCGGGGUGGGCCUGGCCCUCAGCCGCUCGGAGACCUGGGUGGAGCAGAACCUCCCGCUCAGCGAGAGGGAGCUGGCCGCCCUGGCCGAGCCAGCGCCGGGCGCGGUCUCCGCGGGCGUGGCUCCGCCCGCCGCCGCAAGCUACUUCGUCCGUCUGGGCGCCCUGUCCACGGCGGUGCGGGAGCGCGCCAUGGAGCACUCGCUGAGCCGUGCGCGCCGGGCCCGCGACGCCACCUACGCCACGGCCACGCAGAUCACCAGCACCCUGGACCUGCUGGAGGGGGCCCGCAGCACCCUGGGGGCGGCCGGGCUGCAGGCGGCCGGGGCCCCCGAGCAGCUGCUGCAGCGGCUGAAGGAGUGGAAGGACGGGCAGCCGGGGGGGCCGGGGGGAGCCCAGGUGGAGGAGGCGGAGGUGGGGGCCCAGGUGGAGGCUGGAGGAGAAGGCAGAGAGGUUGGCGUCCUAGGCCCGGAGAGACUGGAGGGCCGGGCGUUGGCCAUGGUGCGCGGCCUCACCGACCAGCUGCAGGCGGCGUGCUCCGGGGUGGUGUCCAGCGCCCAGGGCCUCCCCGCCAACAUCCAGGCCCAGCUGGACGGCGCGCGGCAGUCGGCCGCAGACCUGCGCUCCUCGCUGGGCAGCAGCAGCACGGUGACGCCCCUCCUGCUGGAGCAGUGCCGCAGCAACCUGACAAAGGUGCAGCAGUCUGUGGACGGUGUCAUGGACUACCUCAUCCACAACACCCCCCUGAACUGGCUGGUGGGGCCGUUCGCCCCGCAGAUCACCGAGAAGGAGGCAGCGGGGGCGGAGCAGAAGCCCAGUGUUCAGCCGUGACCUGGUGGGGCUGUGGGGGGGAGGGCUAGACUCGUGAUUGGGGGGACUUACUGCACUGCUUUACCGUCAUUUGAUUAUUAUCGUCUCUGCAUAGGUUUUUAGAUUGCCUUUGUUAUGGAAGAACAUUUUAUUUACAAUAUUAAAAGAUGUAUGAUAUUGCCAUUAAUGCUAUUAUAUGUUUGUAAUACAUUGCAAUUCUCUUAUAAGAAUAUAACAAUAUGAGGUAGUGUGCUUUUGAUAUGCAUGCUGCUAAAUAAACAUCCUCAAUGUA